AUGAAGAGCCAAGUCACCAACGCCCUUUCUGACUUCUUCUUUGAGUAUGAGACCCCACGCCAGGUGCUGGUCAGGAACAGGAGAGUGGGAGUGGUGUGCCGCCUCAUCCAGCUAGGGGUCUUGGCUUACAUCAUCGGGUGGGUGUUCAUCUACGAGAAAGGCUACCAGUCCACAGACACGGCCGUCAGCUCAGUCUUCACCAAAAUGAAAGGAGUGGGCUACACCAAUGUGACCGGAAAGGAGAGAGUGUGGGAUGUGGCCGACUAUGUCUUUCCACCACAGGGAGAUUCAUCGUUUGUGGUGAUGACUAACUACAUUAUAACUGAAGGUCAAACAACGGGAAAGUGUCCUGAGCUCCCAGGCAAGCACAACUGUAGCUCAGACGCCGACUGUGAAGGAGGGAGUUUCAAACGUACGGGACACGGACACAUGACUGGCGUGUGUGAUAAUUCAACAAAGACCUGCGAGGUUCUUGCUUGGUGCCCUAUUGAGAAUGAUCACAACAUACCAGACCCCCCUCUGUUGAUGUCUGCAGAGAACUACACACUCUUCAUCAAGAAUUCUGUAACAUUUCCCAUAUUUGGUGUAUCUAGGAGUAACCUAGUGGAGGGAAUUGAUGCAACAUAUAUCAGCAAAUGUCUUCACAAUCCAAGGGAUGCUCCUUUGUGUCCUAUCUUCAGACUAGGAGACAUCGUCAAGGAGUCUGGUUUUAAUUUUGAAACUAUUGCCAAAGUGGGAGGAGCCAUUGGCAUUGUGGUUGACUGGACAUGCAACUUUGAUGUGGAUGUAAAACACUGUAAACCAAAAUACAACUUCCACGGGUUGUAUGGAAACCCUGCAGAGAAAGACAAAGCCAGAGCAUCAGUUGGUUACAACUUUAGGUAUGCAAAACAUUACAUGGAGGACAAGGUACAGAAAAGAACCCUACUAAAAGUGUUUGGCAUCAGGAUAGAUAUCAUUGUGCAAUCAUUGGCCAGAAAAUUUGACAUCAUCCCAACAUUAACAGCAAUUGGCUCCGGUGUUGGCAUUUUUGGAGUGGCUACGGUCGUCUGUGAUCUGGUGCUGUUGUAUUUGCUCCCAAAACGAGAAUUUUACAAGAACAUGAAAUUCAAAUACACGGACACCCACGGACAGCAUGACAGCGAAUCGCUCGGUUUAGACACGAGCAGCGUCUAUUACACCAGUGAAGCUAAAGCAAGACCAGGCCAAGACGCUGCUCACUCAAAUGUGAGUGGAGAGCAGAAGUGCGUUUCUGUGAUGCAGGACCCUGAUUCCGAAGCGGGCAGCACAGAGACAGAGGUAUCCAAAUCAUUGCUUUACAAUUGUCCUGAAAUUGACGGCAUGCCCAACCUGUACUGA